GCGCCAAACAAAGAUAUGAGGAUCUUCACAAAGCUCUCUGCACCACUCUGCCUCCUUUUUGUCUUCCUCUGUCUUAAAACUGCCUUCUCAUCCUCUAUACAUGCUUCUUCCUUCUCAACAACGCAUCUCUGCUCUCAUGAGGAGGCUCUUGCUUUGCUGCAAUUCAAGACAUCCUUCUCCAUCAAUUACACUGUUCCGUAUCCAGAUUAUUGUGGGGAAAGUUAUUCUAAGAUUGAGUCAUGGAAGGAAGGUAUAGACUGUUGUUCCUGGGAUGGGGUUAGCUGUGAUAAUGUCACAGGCCAUGUAAUUGCCCUUAAUCUCAGCUGCAGUUUCCUUUAUGGCACCUUUCCUUCCAACAGCAGGCUUUUUCUCCUCAAAAACAUGCAGAGCCUCAAUCUCGCCUUGAAUGAUUUUAGGCAUUCCAAGAUUCCAUCAAAAAUCAGUCAGUUUACUAGACUAAAGCAUCUUGAUAUCUCUUAUUCUGGAUUUUCGGGCCCAGUUCCAGGAGAAAUCGCUCACCUCCCCAAGUUAGUUUCUCUCAAUCUCUCCAUUGGGUACAAUUCUUUUGACUUGAUCCUUGAAACAACUACCUUGAGAAAUCUUGUUCAUAACUUGAGUGAGGUGAGAGAACUUGUGCUUAGUGGAGUGAACAUGACAUCUGUUAAUCCUCGUUUCUUCAUGAAUCUCUCUUCUUCAUUGACUACUCUUGAUCUUAUCGAGAGUGGGUUAAGCGGAAACUUUCCAAACAGUAUUUUCCGCUUUCCAAAUCUCAAGAAUUUUUAUUUAAGUGCAAACCGAAACCUCACUAUUGAUCUUCCAAGUUCCAAUUGGAGCAGUCCUCUCCAACAGUUGUAUUUAGAUGAUAUGGAUUGCGGAAGGCAAUUGCGAGAGUCUAUAGGAGAUCUGAAGACAUUACAGUCUCUGGGUCUUGGCUGCAACUUGGAAGGUUCCAUUCCAGCUUCCAUAGGGAACUUAUCUCAACUAACUGACCUAAGCCUCUCUUCUAACAAUUUUAACGGACAAAUCCCACCAUCACUUGCAAACCUCACACAACUUACCUCUCUUUACCUUUUAAAUAAUCAGUUUUCUGGUCCCAUUCUAGCUUCCAUAUGUAACUUAAGGCAACUUACUAGCCUACACCUUUUUUCUAACAAUCUUAGCGAACAAAUCCCAUCAUCACUUGCAAACCUCACCCAACUUACCUUUCUUGACUUUUCAAAUAAUCAGUUUUCUGGUCCCAUUCCAGCUUCCAUAGGUAACCUCACCCAACUUACCUUUCUUGACUUUUCAAAUAAUCAGUUUUCUGGUCCCAUUCCAGCUUCCAUAGGUAACUUAAGGCAACUUACUACCCUAUACCUCUAUGCUAACAAUCUUAGCGGACAAAUCCCAUCAUCACUUGAAAACCUCACCCAACUUACCUAUCUUUCCCUUCCCUAUAAUCAGUUUUCUAGUCCCAUUCCAGCUUCCAUAGGUAACUUAAGGCAACUUAUUAACCUAGGCCUCUCUUCUAACAAUCUCAGCGGACAAAUCCCAUCAUCACUUGCAAACCUCACCCAACUUACCUUUCUUUACCUUUCCAAUAAUCAGUUUUCUGGUCCCAUUCCAGCUUCCCUAGUAGCACCUGACAUGUUCUCGGCACUUCAAAAUCUCGAAAUUCUUGACCUUUCUCAUAACAACUUAAUCGGGAAGAUUCCAAAUUGUCUUCCUAAGUCUCUCUCGGUGCUGAAUUUGCAGGCCAAUUACUUUGAUGGAAAUAUACCAUUUGCGUUUCCAGAGGGCUGUGGAUUACGAAAUCUCAACUUACAUGGAAAUCAAAUGGACAGCUUAUUACCAAGGUCUUUGGUGAAUUGUAGCAUGUUAGAGGUUAUAGAUGUUGGCAACAACAACAUAAGUGAUACAUUCCCUCAUUGGUUGGAAUCUCUAUCACACCUUCAAGUGCUUGUCUUAAGGUCCAACAAGUUCCACGGUUCUGUGCAGAGCACCAAAGAAAGUCCAUCUUUUCCCAAGUUGCGAGUUCUAGACCUCUCUAGCAAUUAUUUUGUUGGUGCUUUGCCUGUUCAGUACAUUGAAAAUUUUAAGGCGAUGAUGGACCCUCAUAAAGAUGGUGGUUCCCCUGAAUACAUGAUGGUGUCGACGAGAACCAAUUCUUAUCAAUAUUCAGUGGUUGUGACAUGGAAGGGAUUCGACUAUGAGCUGCAGAAAAUCUUGACCAUAUUCAGUAGUAUUCAUCUCUCAAAUAACAAGUUUGAGGGAGAAAUUCCAGAUGUUAUUGGAAAGCUUAGUUCUCUCAAAGGGCUUAAUCUUUCUCAUAACAACCUUACUGGUCAUAUCCCACCGUCACUAGGGAAUUUGACGAAUCUGGAAUGGUUGGAUCUCUCUUCCAAUGAGCUAGCGGGGAAAAUUCCAGAUGAAUUGGUAUCUUUGACACAACUUUCUGUAUUGAAUCUUUCAAAUAAUCAUCUUGUCGGACGCAUACCACAGGGCAAUCAGUUCAACACCUUUGGAAAUGGUUCUUAUGAAGGAAACAUUGGACUGUGUGGAAUCCCAUUGUCAAAAUCUUGUGAUGGAAGUGGGACACCGCCAAGCUCCUUCCAAGAAAAAGAUGAGUUGUGGAGAUUUGGGUGGAGAGUUGUGGUGUUAGGCUAUGGAUGUGGAGUUGUUUUUGGACUGCUGAUGGGAUAUCUUUUCUUCCGAACAGGAAAACCGAAAUGGUUUGUGUCUUUGUUUGAUGGCCGACCAAUUCAUUUGAGAUCGUUAAGCAUAGAAAGCAAUGAUCUGGGUGGUGACCAAGGUGAGGUUUUAGGCCUGGAUUUGGAGUCUCUGAAGAUUUUGCUGAAUCGGGGAGUCUUUAUUGGGGCAAUGCUUUAUUGUCUUUUGGUUUUCGCGUGCAAGAGAGUGCUCGCGGUGGAGGGAGUGGUGAAUGUAGGGUACGGAGUGAUUGAGCGGUGGGCAUUGCUGUUGAGGAAUGCGUGGCCUAAGGUUUCUAUGGUUCUUAAGAUUUUCAAAGAGCAAGGUGUGAUUUUGACUGCACUUUUAGGUCUAUCUGCAUUCUUCUCAAUGGCAGAGACUUCUAUAACUACACUCUGGCCAUGGAAGGUUUGCUUUCUUGGUUUGAAGAUUGAUAGCUCUUAUAAUUAGUGAAUAGCAAUUGAAAUCUGAGUUUUAGUAUGGAAACAUCAACAAAGUUGAAAAAGAUAAAUAUAUAAAGUUGAAGAACAUUCACAGUUAUUGAUUGUUAGUGUUUCAGUAAUUUUGUGUUAUGGCUUAGAUAAAUAUAUGAAGUUUGUGCCUUGUCUGCCUCUUUUUGUGCUCGUAUGUAACUCAUUGUGAAUUUGUAGUAAAUUAGAGUAAAAGGCUUAAAUUUGUUUCAGGAUAAAUCUCUUUAAGUUAGCUCUUGAGUUGUAGAGUUCGUUGUUACAAAGUUUUGUACUUCCUUUGUAAACAAUAAAGGAAGAAUGAAUAAGAAAUCAUGUUGGGUAACUCUAAUAGACUGCAGAAUGAUCA